AUGAUCGACAUCCAUGCACACAUCUACCCCCCGACAAUCCCCCAAGAAUCCAUUCAACCCCUCAUCCAACGCGCAAAAGCAGCAGGUUUAACUUCCAUUCUCUCCGUCUCCGAGAACCUCCUCGACGCCCGCCACAUCCUCCGCCUCGCCAUCCAACACCCCGGAUUCAUCUUUGCAUGUGCAGGACUCCACCCAGCCCAACCCAUCCGCGAUGCAGACGGUGCAACCAUCUCUUACCGAUCCGUUCUCGAAUCCGACCUCGACGGCGUUUUUGAAUUCAUGACCGAAAACCUUUCUAAACUCGCCGGGAUCGGAGAAGUCGGUUUGGACUUUACACUCCCUGUCCUCAACUCGACUGAUAACCCAGAACGCCUCAGGAACCAUGACGACGUCAAGACCGAACAGCGCAAAGUCUUUGCGCGUCAGAUCCGAUUCGCCAACCAGAACGACCUCGCGUUGAAUGUUCACUCGAGGAACGCGGGGCAUCAUGCGAUCACGCUGUUGGAGGAGCUGAAUGCCAAGAAGGUGGUUCUGCAUGCGUUUGAUGGGCAGCUCAAGUAUGUUCGGAGGGGGCUCGCGUUGGGGUAUUACUUUUCGAUCCCGACUAGUGUUGUCAGGACACCACAACAACAGGCAUUGGCAGAAGAGGUGCCGCUAGAGUUGAUGCUACUUGAAUCGGACACGCCUUGCUUAGGACCUGAGAAGGGCGUGAGUAAUGUGCCCUCAAAUCUUUGUAUUGCAGCCCAGGAGAUUGCGAGGAUCAAGAACGUGGACUUGGAAACUGUGAUCGCGUUAACGACAGAGAACGCGUACAAGCUGUUUCCUAAGACCCGUCCUCAUCGGCCUGCCCUGUCAGCCUUAUGA